AUGUCGUCACCAUUCUCCCACACCUUCACCAUCCUCCUGCUGAUCGUCUUUGGAUCUUCGGCGGCGUUAGAGAUCCAGGAGGUGCAGGUGCCACGGUACAAGGUGAGAGGGUCGCGGGCUGAACUCUCCUGCAGGUACACGCUGGCCAACGCUACACUCUACAGUCUCAAGUGGUACAAGGGAGACAAGCUCUUCUAUCAGUAUAUCCCCGCUAACAACGUCACCAAGAACACCUUUAAUGUCGCUGGUGUUAAUAUUGACGUGGGGAGCAGCACGGGGGAGAUGGUUGUGCUGCAGGACCUGGAGUUGGCGACCUCUGGCACAUACAGGUGUGAGGUAAUCACUGAGGCGCCGCUCUUCAUCACCAGGUUUGGUCAAGGCAACAUGACCGUGAUAGACCUACCAGAGAGCGCGCCAGUGUUGGACGGGGCCAGGACGAGUUACCAGCUGGGGGAACGUGUGGUAGUCAACUGUACCUCCCUGUACUCCAAGCCUGCCGCUACCCUUCAGUGGUACAUCAACGACCAUCUUGUGACACAGGCAAACCUGCUGAAGAGGUACAAGCUGCAGAAGGAACGGGAUGGCUUGGAGACGGCCGUGUUGGGUCUUACCUUUGUCACAGCCAGGAGCCACUUUCCUAGGGGCGAAAUGCGACUCAAGUGUGUCGCCAAAAUAGCUACAGUGUAUUUCCAGUCUCAGGAAACUUCUGUUAUUGAGACGGGUUAUAUGCUUCACACCCAACCAGAGGAACGACGUCACAAUGAGAACUCUUACUUCUUCGGGAGUGGCGCCGACAGAUGUAGCGCAGGAUUAUUUCCACUGAUCCUGGUGGCUCUCCUUAACACAUAGACUGUGGAUCCUGACCUUCCAAGGGAGUCCUACCAGGUCAAAGGAGGUUCUAUUAGUACCCUGCAAGUCCUAUUAAGUAUCAGCAAGUUUUAAUAGCUCCUAGCAAGGCCUACUAGAUCCCAGAUGUCCUACCAGAUCAUAGCGUAUCCUACCUAGCCCCAGCAAGUCCUAUAGGUUCCAACACAUGCUUGUAAACAUCUGUCUCAGAGCCUGAAGAAGCCACAGUCAGCAGGUGUAAAGGCGGACACAAGUGACUCACAAGACAACGAACAAUAACAGCGACUUAACCAAUCAAAACUCACAUCUGAUCACAGCAGGAAAAUUCACUUGUUAGUAACCAAUCAGAGAGAAGAAGAAGAAGAAGAAGAAGAAGAAGAAGAAGAAGAAGAAGAAGAAAAAGAAGAAGAAGAAGAAGAAGAAGAAGAAGAAGAAGAAGAAGAAAAAGAAGAAGAAGACCUUUGACCCCCUGGAUGUGGCUGAAGAAGAUAGAAGAUGAAAAUGAGGAAGAAACAGAUCUCAUGAACCAGGUCUGACAUGAUGCCUGAAGUGAAUAUAACAAUCACCAGUUUAGACAUGAGUGUGACAGGUUAGUGCUGUGGUCAUAUUCAUAUCUCUUUCUUAUCUCUAAUCAAUUGUGUUAUCUAGAAAUGACGGGAGAUAUACCUAGGCUUGAGAAAUAGUGUUGAUGACCAAUACGUGGUGGUCAAAGUCCCGGGCUAAGGCAGAAAGAGAGACAAAGAGACACGUGGAUAUGUUUUGUUUACCAGAAAGACAUAUCUUGGCCUGGAUUUACAAUAUGUGUUUGUUUUCUUGCCUAUCAGAGACAAAGAGACACUUACCAUGUUAAAUGUUGAUACUAGUGUGACGUGGAAUUAGUGAGUGUUUAUCUACGUAGUUUAAGAGACGUAUAAUAGUGAUAAUAUUUAUAGAUAUAAAGUGUUUAAUAAUGAACACUGCUGAACAGAUAAUAUUUAUUCUUGAGAUUUAUGUCAGAAAGUAAAUAAACUAUAUACAUUAUUCAACAGAACACAUAUACUGCAAAUAUCAGUCACAAACUGCUCAAUACCAUGUGACAAACAGUUAAAGAUAAACUGGAUCAAUAUAAUCAGUAAUAAGUGUAACAAGCAAACAAUGCUGUGAGACAAUUCGGUAAACAAUGUAUCAUAAUCUGUAGUUAAUUGACACAUACGGAUACAUAGUCUCCCACUGUAGCUUCCCUGUGUCAGUGUUUGUUGAUUC